AUGAGGAUUCGCAUUCGUGAACAACUCAGUUUAUUGGUCGCUCUGACAGCGCUGAUAGCAGUUGGCGUCUUGGCCGUUGUAACAGUGAGCUCCAUCCCACCCCAUCCACCCGUAACCCUGCCAAACCGAACCGAACCGAACCCCGGCACCAUUGCCCGACAACCAUUUCUGACGAGAGCAGUGGGUUCACAAUUACCGACUAGUCCGUGAAGUUCGAUCGUCGAGAUUCUCCCUCACCGCCUCAUUAAAAUCCAUACAGGUCACCCAGUCAAUUGCCCUGCUGCACAACACCGUCUACGCCAUCAGUACCAGGGCCAUCUUGCAGAGCUCAUUGCGGAGGUACCGGAGGGGUAACAAUACCGUGGACAAUUGGCUACGCACCAUUGAUGACUUGAAAAACUCGGCCAGCGCCAAUAUGGGAGGCUUCCCGGAUGUCUUGCAGGUGGUGGUCUACGACGAGAACCUUAGCACUGGUGAGGUCGGGGUGCCUGAUGGAACCGUGAUCGACGGAAUGGAGCUUGGCGCUGCGAACCCGAACUUUACCGGCACGCUGCCGAACGGGACGGCGAUAAAGGUUGGGAGUGGGCUGGGUGGUAGGAUGGGUCUGUUGAACGUUACGGGCGAUAAUGCUCAUGGGGUUAUGCUACCCGCUGACCCAGCCAAUGGGGACAUCACAUACCCCAUGGUUCUCGCGAAUUCAUCUGCCGCUUACUACGCUGAAGCCGAUGCAAACCUUACCAAAGGGCUGCCAGUGAAGGAUGGCUUUCCCCAUGGACUGUACCCUUUUUUGCAGGGCGGUCAGGGACUCGCCCCGAGCAACGUAUUUACCCCGGAAGAUAUAUAUUCCAGAAAGGGGCUGUUGCUGGGUCCGAUGAGGGUUAACGAGUCGUUCUACAUGCUAUCGUUCACCAUCCCAGUCAUCAAUAACACCAGCGAGGCGACUUUAUUGGGAUUUCUCACCGUCGUGCUGAACGCCGGCGUAAUAUUGGACAUUGUCCAGGAUACGCGUGGCUUGGGGGUUACGGGUCAAACAAUAUUGGUUGGCCCGGCUACACUCGACAACAAAUGGGCCGAUCCCGCUCUUUCCGCCGCUUCCGAGAUGCCGAAUGCGACUGCUAAUGGCCUGUCGGAUCCCGCGAGCACCGCUAGUAUGGCCAAGAGGAGCUCUCUCGAUCGGGAUACGGGUCCCCCUGAGUCGACGAUCGAAUGGGUGGGAAGGAGGUUGGGUCUUCGAAAGAGGACUCCCCACGAAGGUAUAGGAGACUACGAGUUCCGAUAUUUGUUCCCACCGGGCAGGCACCCAGGGCUGGCCGGGGAGGUACGUAAGCUGAAAGAUUACCCAAUGGUUAAAAAGGUCUACCAGGACGGGAUCGGUGCGAAUGGGCGGGAUGGUGAUAAUGGCGACGGAGGAGGGAGUAAUCUCGACACGAGGAAUUCCGAGGGUCGGCUUGUUAGCGUUGGGUAUGCCUCCCCUUUCGUCGCGUUUCCCUUCCCGGGCUGACCGAUUACAGCUUUUCCAUCGCCGAAGCCUCCAAGAACCUUGCUGAUUGGGCCCUCUUGGUGGAGCAAGACCAGGGGGAAGCAUUUCAACCGAUAUACAAGUUAAGGAAUAUAUUGCUGGGCACGGUUUUCGGAACCUUCGCUGUAGUUAUCGCCUUGGUGUGCCCCAUAGCUCACUUUGCCGUCAAGCCUAUAACUAGAUUGAAGCGUGCAACGGAAAAAAGUAGAGAAAUUUCUGACCCCCAUCCCACUCGCCUGAGCCAAAUGCCAUCCGUACUAACACCCUUUCUAUAGGCACCCGACCACCUUCGUAUACCCCCAAUGGCGCAUCAUCCGGUACUAUCGAUUCCUUUGAUCCCGAGGCCAACCUGGAGGAUCCCGCCGAUGAGGAUCGAGGGCGUAAUCGGUUUUAUGGAAUGGGGGAGUUUAUACGGUGCCGGAAUCUCAGAAGGGAUAGUUCCCAGAGCGGGGAUGGGAGCGAUGAUCGGCGGAGACGGGCGUUCCGAAUCCCUGGCAAAGUGCGCGAAAGGAAGCAUAUUGUCGAUGAUGAACUCACCGACUUGACGCGGACCUUUAACGAAAUGUCCGAGGAACUCAUGAAGCAAUAUGAGAAUCUUGAGGAGCGGGUUGCCGAGCGGACCAAGGAGCUUGAGGAGCAAAAGAAGGUUGCUGAGUCGGCUAACCAGGCCAAAUCACUCUUCGUAGCUAAUAUCACUCACGAGCUGCGGACACCACUGAACGGUAUUUUGGGUAUGUGCGCUGUUUCCAUGCAGGAGGAUGAUAUACCCAAGAUCAAGCGGUCACUCGGUGUGGUUUAUAAGAGUGGGGAAUUAUUACUGCACCUUCUCACGGAUUUAUUGACUUUCUCGAGGAACCAAGUGGGACAGGUGGCUAUCUCACUGGACGAGAAGGAGUUUCGGAUAGCGGAGAUAUCGACCCAGAUCAAGGCUAUAUUCGAAACUCAAGCGAACGAGUCUGGGAUCGAUUUUAGCAUUAGUACUGCGCCGGAGAAGAGGGUUCAGGAGAUGGUGUUCUGGGGUGACUCGAAUAGGAUACUCCAGGUUUUGAUUAACCUGGUUAGCAACAGUCUCAAGUUCACUCCGUUAGUUAAAUUCCGACCUCUUUUGGUUGCGAUGCUGAUAUUAGAUUAGGGAAAACGGCACCGUUCAGGUCCGGAUGAGGCUAUUACAAGAGGUGCUUCCGGUCCCUGAAGAGAUCACGGUACGACGUGGCAGCUCCAGGACCGAAUCCAAACACGACCACGGGUCGAGAGCCGUCUCCCGGAUUAAUUCCACCAACACCCCUCGGAACGGGUCACCCGCCGUUGGCAGCCCUCCACCGACGAGCCAAGCAGCUGGUCCUCCCACCACCGAGAGAAUUGGUGACCAGAUAUUCGGGGAUGGACAAGUGUUAGCCCCGCCUUCAAAUGCCAAGACAUAUAUGUUCGAAUUUCAAGUUGAGGAUACCGGCCCCGGCAUCCCGGAGCAACUCCACCAAAAGGUCUUUGAGCCAUUCGUUCAAGGUGAUCUCCGCCUAAGCAAGAAGUAUGGCGGAACGGGUCUCGGCCUGAGCAUCUGCGACCAACUCGCGAGGCUAAUGCAUGGCACAAUUGAGCUCAAGAGCCUGGAGAAGGCUGGGACAACUUUCACGCUGAAAAUCCCCUUAAAGUGCGCAAAAGAGUACACCCCAAGUGUCGCCGCCGCCGCCACUGCCAUCUCGCGGUCCAAUUCACUCGCCGGCUCUGUCAUCGCAACCAUUGACAAGGCUCUGCCCGAGACGGCGUCCGCCAAAAGCGUCCAGAGUGGUGUCUCCUUUGGAAAGAGCCAUAAGCCACGUCUAGUGGGUCUUAGCCAGCCAUUCUUCGCUCCCAGCAUACCGCCGAAUCCAACGCCUAACCAGGAGCUGGCCGAGGUGGCCGCGAACGACGGGAUGCACGAGCACCGAGGGGAUGAGGGCACGGGGAGGGUUCGAGUUCUGGUCGCGGAGGAUAACAAGGUCAAUCAAGAGGUUGUGCUUAAGAUGCUGAAGCUCGAGGAGAUUUACGACGUCACCAUUGCGAAGGAUGGGCAGGAGGCUGUGGAUAGGAUCAAGGAGGCGUUGGAUGUUGGGGAGAAUUUCCAGCUGGUGCUUAUGGAUAUUCAGGUGUUUUCCUUCCCUCCGCACAGCUAUUCACUAGGACAGGUGCUAACAUUGAAUAAAAGAUGCCGAACCUCGACGGCAUAGAGUCCACGAAAAUAAUCCGCCACCUGGGCUACGAUGCACCGAUCGUCGCAUUAUCAGCCUUUGCUGAGGAAAGCAACGUCAGAGACUGUAAAUAAUCCCCCCCCUUCCCCCUCCCGUCAGCCACAUAAUACUAACCUGACUCGUGCAAUAAUAAAAAAGGCCUGGACGCUGGCAUGAACUACUUCCUGGCAAAACCCAUCAAACGGCCCCAACUCAAACAGGUGUUGGAUACUUACUGUUCUACCAUAAAAGAAGAGGGCACGGCUUUCACAGAACAGCAUGCCGAAGGAUCCGCUUCUGCAGGGGCGACUCCGAUGACUACACCUCCAAUAGGGACGGCUGAGAGGAGGAGUAUCAGGGGGCCCAUCGGUGAUAGUGGGGGAGGGAGUUUGGGAGGGGAGAGAGUAAGGGGUUGAGUAUAUAUACUGUGCGUUCCUCCCCUCAUUCAUCCGCACACGGUUGAGAAGAGAUCUCCCUUCUUACCCUGGGAUGUUUUUUUUUGUUUUUUUUGAUCUCUCUCUCGUCUUUGGGAGCCUUACUGUAAAUUUAAGUUUUUUCCCUUUUCCUCAAUUCUGGCGUACAUUUGGAAUCUUCGUUUUUAUCGGGGUGUUUUUAUUUAUCUCUUUCCUUUUCAUAAUCAUUUGGGGGGAGCAUUUUCUUUCUUUGGGAAAAAUCAGGCACGGUUUUGCGGGUUUCUUUUUGGGAUAUAGUUAUGGCAUUGGAUGUUUCUGAUUGUUUCUGAUUGUUUCUGGGUCAGUAAGUAAAUGGGGGUGCUCCAUUUUUUUUUUCUUUUUUCUCCUCUCUUCCCAUUUUAGGGAUUUUUUUUUCCUUCCCCCCACCACUAUCAAAAGUGGUGAGUUAGUUAACUAGACGUACAAUACUAUACAUACAUACGAUAGCCAUACCGGUACGGUGGUCCAUGGCAUGUUCCGUUACAUAUUAUAUAAUUGU